GCACAGUUUCGCUUUUUCACUUUCGCUUGGCCUCGUCCUCACAGCGUAAUUCCCUCUACCAUCGACAUCGAGAAAUACAAAAUGGUGCGUUUGAAGCAUCGUUACAUUUUGGUUGAGAUCCUGUGGAAAGACUGGCAGAAUCCGUCUAUUCACCAACUCCCAGUCGCCGAGGAAGACAUUUACGGCUCAGUGAGGAACGCCAUCCAGUACCUCCACGGCGAAUUCGGCGUCGGCGUCACCAGGUUCCACCUGACGAUCAAGUUUUUCAACCCCUACACGCGCGUGUUUCUGCUGCGAACCCGCCGGGGUGCUCACACGCUGACACUGUCGGCGUUACCGUUCGUCACGAAGAUCAAGGAGGACGCAGCGACGCUGAGGGUUCUCAAACUGGCCGGAACAAUUAGGUCGUGCUUGAAGUUCCUCAAGAAAUAUGACUGUGCCGUGAUGCUCGACGUUCUGAACAGGGCCGAGAGCGCCGAGGCGAAAAGGCAGGCUAAAGAAAAAAUCGCCGAAGUGUAUGCUUCCAUGGAAACGACGAAAGGCGGAAUCAGGCCGAUGUAGGCUCUCUUUAACCGCAAAGGCAAUACCUUUGAGUUCUUGGUAAAGCAAGCAAUGUGUGAUGGUAUUGUCAGCCGCAUUAGAUCCUGUUCUGCAAGCUUGUACAGGUUCACCAAGAAAACUACUACUGCACUAACACUGUUCCAACUGCCGGCGUGUUGUGCCAGUCUUUCUUGCGGCCAGUGAGAUGCCUUUUCAAACAAGUGCAAUAGAAAUGUGCCAACUUGAAUCGAUCUUUAGCAUGUUUGCUACAUGGCUACAUGCAGCCACCAAUAUGCAAUGCACUGUCCAAUGACAGUGAGGCUAUAAACAGUAGUGGUAUCCAUUUUGAGACGACUUUGGGGAAGUUUCGUCUUUGUACCUCUAUACUCAGUUUCACAAUAACUUCGUAAACUCUGGAGCCUAUGGCCAAUAAGAGCGAGGCAUAUGACACCAUGUCAGGAGCAUUCGUGUCGCUGCAGCAAAUGCGAGGCCUGGAGGAACCAGCUCUUGUCUGCUGGCCAAGUAUCGUCUGCUGCGAAACCAACCAACCUGGGGUGAACGUCCACCCCUGCAACUUUGCCGACCGCUAGAGGAGAGUGCUUUUCGGAAACAGUUCGUGAGACGACCAUAUGCUCAAUCGACCUUUUCCCGAAUCAAAACGCCCCUGUGGCACGAAAUGAAUUCUGAGAACCAGUUGGCCACUUGGUUUUGGUUUCAGUUUCAGAUUUUGUCACGAUUGUGUCGUGACGGAACACACACAUUUUCAUUGCUGCGAUUUUCUGCAAGUGUACAGUGCUGUUGGCUUUGCCGAGAGAUACCGAAAAAAAUGUAGAGCCCUUCCACUUAACGUGAAGAUGGAGGACCAGCAAAGCUGUUAUCUUUACGAUGUCUAGUACAACCUCGAGGACGACGCCUAGAGAAAUUCAGCCUUUCCACUCUGGUGAAAAUCGGAGUGGAAAGGUUGUUGCCAUCACUCGUAGGAGGCGGUAGCUGUCCGGAGUUUUGUGUCGACAUUUGUUUGCCCCGGGACACGAUACUGGGGAAACUAGCCCUUAACAGCUCCACCGUAAGAAACACUUGGCACUGUUUUUGUGCUUCCCGAUGUGCCGGAAUUUGGGCAAAGGUAAGCAAAUGUAGAGCAAUGGAUUGCAGCGUCCCAGCUGGUGCCCCUGCCGUGCAAGCAUGUUCGCAUGCAGAAAAGUUAUGCGGGCUUAGAAGUUCAAAUGCCUGGCUACAGGAGUACCAAACCAUGCCACUCCGCUCAGUGGCCAACUGGUUCCCAGCGUACAAUGCGCGAAGUGUUGCAUAGAGGGAUUUUUAAAAGUGGCCUAUUUACUUGCGAAUCUGUGGCAGUUACUAAUGCCAGGGCAAUGUUUUGUGCGGAAGUGGUCGAUUACACGACUGCAAUCAUUCAAAAGCCAUGUUGAUCUCCGACAAGUGUUGAUCCAUACGAAGUAUCGUUGUAAAGUAACAUGUCUGUCCUUCUUUUGAGCCGUGUAGUGUUGCAGUCAAAUGAGUCUGGCUCAACACUACUAAAAGAAAAAGCCUAAAACUACAUUUUGCUCGGGACGGCACUGGUAACGAGGCCUCCGUGGCCUCAACAUGAAGCAGUGUCGCAUGCUUUGCUCCAACGCUCAAAUUGGGCCAUGGGGGCCGCAGCCUCCACAGUUCGCUAAGUUAUCAUGAAACGGAGUAAAAACGAUUUGGCAGGUGCUUGCGAAAUGGCAUAGCUCUACAGUACACAUGUAUUAUUUUAUUUUUUUAUUUUUUCCUAUAGUGAUGUUUCAUUGGAUAGCUUGAUUUUCAAAGUAUAAAAGGUUGUGGGAAAUCUUUAAUAGAACAAAGGUUCGGCAAGUACCAACUUCAGCCAAACCGGCUUCCAAGCUCCAAGGCAAGAAUGGCUAAGUCUGGUCAGCAGUGGUGCAUUUGCCACAGCAAAGUGCCAGUGCUCCCAAGGAAAUCGUAUUGCUCCAGCCAUCACCAAACUUUGCCCAAUUGCCCCAACACCAAGGAGAAAGCGGGGAACGUCAGCAUGCCUGCUAGUCUGCGACAUAUGCUCAACUCUCCCUUCAAACUAUGACUAAAGUAAGACAUUUACAAAUGCACAUGCAAAAUGCAAUUUGUUUUACUUUG